UCUCUUGACCGUUUUUUUUAAAUCAAACAAAACACAGGCCGAAACAGUCGCAGGCGUUGAACGAUCACUUUCAAAUACACAAUGGUAGGAGGAAUUUGCAACGCAACACUGAUCUCUAUGUUAUUAUCAUUAUUAAUAGAAUCGGUCGCGGCUUUGUUGUUCGUCGAGCGACAGGUUAGCAGGCAGAGCGACCCGCAGCGGAACAAGGCCAUUCUGGAGAUGCUACACAUCGACAAAGUGUCCGCUAGCCAUCACCAGGCCAGGCCGCAUCCCUACAUGAGGCGGAUUUAUGAACUAUUGGAGACGCUGGAAGCGCAGGACUGGAAGGAUGAGGACGGCACGCUGGUACAGAGCUUUCGGAGCGUCCCUGUGGGCGCGCCUCCCGGCUGGAUCUGGUUCAACCUCACCGGUGUCGACCCGUCCACGUUCCCUGGCGGGGCAGAACUGGUCCUGUUCCGCAAAAUCCUGCACCCCUCCCCCUUGAGUGUGAGCGUGGCCCUGCACGGCCUCACCCACGCCGCCGCCCCCCAGCCGGCCACCACCACCAGGGGGGGGGAGGGAGUCGCGUUGGACGAGAGGCGGCUGCGUCUGGACCGCCGCCCGCCGACGGGCUACGACGUGUUCCGCGCCGGCGCCCUCAUGGGCCGUCUGGCCCCGGGGUCCAUCAGCCUGGGGCCGGCGGCGUCGGUGGGCUUCCAGCUCCGCUACACCGACGAGGGGGGGAGCCUGGUGCUUCACGAGGCCCUCACCCAGAGCCUGUACUCUCUGGGCCCCCGGGGGUCCCCCAGGGAGCCCCUGCUGGUGCUCUACCGCGUGCACCCCAGGGAGAUUCACCCCGACACCCAGACCCCACCGCCGCCCUCCUCCACCUUGACACCCGCAGCCCUGGUCACAGACUGAGGCCUUUCUGGGGUCUGAUCAGUGUAUAGGUCUAGAAUCAGGGCUACAUAGAGGACAGUGCCCCCCCCCAUAUAAUAAAACCCCUUACUCUAACAAUGACAUAUUUUUUACUAUUAUCACUUCUAUUGGAUUCAAAGGGUGUAUGUGUACAAUGUGUAUUUGUGUCUUGUCUUGACUUCCUUGAUCUGCCAGCACACUAAUAGUCAAACAUAAUAAUUGUCUUGGUGAUUUGAUCUCCAAAAUACAACCAAACCAAAUAUCAACAGGCUGCCCGUCUGUUAGAACAGAGUAUAUGACAGUUACAAUAAAAAAAACAAUGCAACAAUUCUCUAUUAAUAAGCAUACUUCUUAUU